AUUUAUUCCAAAGAGUAUGGAAGAACCUAGAAAAGAUCACAAAGAUGCUAGUGAUCAGAAGCCAACUGAGACAUUUGAUGAUACCCAAAUAUAUACUAACAAAUCUGUCAAGGCGCAAAUCCCGAUUAAAGAAACCCACAAUAGUAGAAAUCUAUCCAUGAAUAACGCUAAGGCUAAUACUAAUACAACCAAUCACAAUAAGUUAAAGAUACGAGUCGGAAAGAUAGCUGGCCAAACCAUGCACAGAAGAAGAAAGAACAGCAUUGCUUUGAAGAAAGAGUUCAAGUUGAAGAAAGAGCUUCUUAAAGAUACUCAUGAUGAAAUUGAUGCAUCAUAUAAACCAAAAUCAGGCGAAAAUAAAGUUGAUCUAGAGAACUCUCACACCAAACACAACCGAUCCGUUUCUGAAAAGAGCAACCAAAAUGGUCCGCUGAAAAUCCAUAAGAGAGGGAAAAGUCGGUUCUCCUCCCUUCACCAAAGCAUUAGCGAGAGCUAUUCUAACUGAAAUUUUGAUAAGAGCCAGACCUGAUCAUUAUCAAACAACUUGGCAGGGCCUGGAUCUUAUAAUUUACCAUCGUUGCUAGGAAAUAUAUCCAUGGAAGCUACUAAAAAGAACGAUCCUGUCUACUCAAUUGGGACUCAAAGUAAGAAGAAAUUGUUGAUACUCUGCAAGGAUCAAGCAAUGGCUGUGAAAGGAAGCUCUUCCCCUGGAGUUGGGACUUACUCUGGUGACCUAAUUACUCUCAAAGGGAAAUCCCCAAAUGCCACAAUUGGAAGAGAGCGUAGAUUUCUAGCUAAUAUAGAUCGCAAAUAACAACAAUUCUGCUCAUUGAUAUGACUCUCUUGAUAGAGAAAGCAUUAAAGCAAAUGGAAAUAAGACCAAUGGCUUCUCUAAAGAGCUAAGGUUCUUAGCAGAUGAUAAAGCUUUAAAGGAGAAACAGCUGAUGCCAAGUUGCCAGACCUAUAACCAUUCUUUUUAUGGGACAAUUCAAGAAAGAUCACAGAAGAUUGUGCCUCAUUCUAGAAACGACUCCUUCAAGCAAUCUCUUGACAAAUUCUCUGUAAAGACAUACUUCAAGGAACUUGAAAAAGGAUACUGAAGCAAGGAAGGGCCUGGCCCAGCAGCAUAUUGAACUAAUUUAUGAAAUACACUAUCAAAGUUUCAGAAAUCUGUUGAUGGCAGUUUUCCAAAAGCCGAUAGAGGAAUAAAAAGAUACAAUACAAAGAAAUACCCAGGACCUUCUGAUUACGACACGAAGACUGCAUACCAAAACCUUAACCUGAUCAGAGGAGCUGCCACAAUUGGUAAAAGUAGAAGGAACAUUGACAUGACUCGUAUGACCUCUCUCCAUAGUAAAGAACUGUGAGGGAAAUAUUAA